CAUAACAAUGUUGUAAUUAUUAUGCGUCUUACGCUAACGUAACGCUCAACAUCACGUUUUAAAUUUGGGUCGUCGUACUGACAGUUGUUUAACUACACACAACUUCAUAACAUAUUUGCUAAAAAAAUUGGUGGUUGCAUCACAGAUUUUGGCAACUAUGGCAUUCACUAACUUUUGGAAUUCAUUGAUUUCAAUGCCAUCUGUUAGGGCAGAAGAAGAGGAGGAAGCUGAUUUGGUUGAUCCCCAGACAACUUUGAGGGAACAAUGUCAAACCAAGGGAAAUAUAGAAGCCCUUUACAAUAAAUAUCAAGCUUGUAAUGAUCGUGUAAAUAGCAGGACCAAAACAACUGAAAACUGUAUGGAAGAACUAUUCGAUUACGUACAGGAACUCGAUCACUGCGUAGCUCACAGUCUCUUCUCUAAACUGAAGUGAAACCCAUAAGAAAAACUUAAAGUGUUACAAUAAUCUGGCAACUGAUAUAAAUUAGCCAAUAUCUAAAUUGCCCCAAGAGCAUGUUAAACCUUAUUGAUUUUUUUGGCAAUAAAUGAAUUAAGUAAAAGUGAAUCAAAAAUCAUUUUAAAUGACACAUAUUCAUUACAAGUUUAGUGUAAACAUGUAUGCAAACUUGUUUCAGGCUGGGCACAAAAUGUAAAAAAAUUGUGACUGUGUUUUUAGAUAAAAAAAAUAAAUAUUGCAAGCGUUUCCUUGUCUCUAUAAACAGA